AUGCUGCUGAUAUUUCUACACGUAGCACUGCUAGCAAUUGCGUCUACUUCGGCGUUCGGCGAGAGGAACGACCUGAUGACUACCGCCGACAAUGGACGUGUCCUCGAGGAGCACCGCUACCUCAGAGACAGCAAAGUAACCAAGUCGAGGGUGGAUAACGAGGAGAGAGCCGUAACCCCGCAGUUUGCCCAGGUGACUCAUGGUCUAUUUUUCCAGUUUCUAGCAGCCAUUGGAAGGCCUGUGGCUAAGCCCGUAAAAUGGCUUGGGCGACUGACAGGUAAAGGUUUAGAUGUCUUGCGCCGUUUGUUUGCAACCCUGCUUCGAAGACACCAUCACAGCACCGCAUGA